UCUGACCAGGUUGUCAGAUGCAUAAGGCAGCACCUCGAAGCCUCAGAUGUUGCUCUCUGUCCUGGAUGUGAUUGUUCUCCUCUCUCCUCCACCACAAUGGCUCUCUUGUCUUUCUCCAGAGGAUUCACGAUAUUGAAUAGAGCAUUGGCUCUGACUGACACCGGCUACCUCAUUCAAGUGGAUUUCUGAAACAAGUCAGUAUGCUGACCCAUCCCUCUCCUCCCACUCUCCUACUCUCCCUCCUGUUGCUGCUGUGUGGUUGGAACAAGGCCACCUGCUCUCUUGGGGAUGGCGUGAAGAUUUGGCAGCAGCCCAAACCGGACCCCAUCACCAAAGAGCAGUCUUUCCUCCAUGACACCUUCCCUUCAGGAUUCCUCUGGGGUUCAGGGACGUCUGCCUUCCAGACAGAGGGAGCAUGGGACCAAGAGGGUAAAGGCGCUUCUAUAUGGGACCAUUUCACCCACUCUAGUGUCAGUGGUAAUUUGGCAAAAGACACUGCCGAUGUGGCUAGUGACAGCUACACUCGCUGGGAAGAAGAUGUGGAGGCACUGGUGUAUCUAGGUGUGAGAUCGUACUCCUUCUCUCUCUCGUGGCCCCGACUCUUUCCUGAUGGGAAUGCCAGAGGUCAGCCCAACACAGCUGCUGUGCAGCAUUACAGACGGCUCAUAGAGAGGCUGCUGGAGAGGAAAAUUGAGCCCAUCGUCACCCUCUAUCACUGGGACCUGCCGCAAGUCCUGCAGGAGCGCUAUGGAGGCUGGAGAAAUGACAAGCUGGUGGGACUGUUUGGGGAGUAUGCUGCAUUUUGUUUCCACACAUUUGGGAGCCGUGUCAAGUAUUGGCUCACGAUGCAUAAUCCAUAUCUGGUAGCUGUGCAGGGGUACGGGACAGGUGUGCACGCUCCUGGAGAAACAGGGGGUCCUGCUGCCUCUCUCAUUGUGGCCCACAACCUGAUCAGGGCACAUGCCAAAGCAUGGCACACCUACAACACCCACUUCCGUCCAGCUCAGAAGGGUAAAGUAUCCAUUGUUUUGGGGUCCCACUGGGUUGAGCCUCAGAGAGGCCAAGCCACAGCUGCUAAUAUUGAGCUUUGCCAGCAUUCAAUGGAGGCUGUGCUUGGCUGGUUUGCCAACCCCAUCUUUGGAGAUGGGGACUACCCAGUCUCCUUAAAAAUCAAGCAUGGGGCCCUCAUGCCAACAUUCACCCCUGAGGAGAAGCUCUGGGUUCAGAAAACAGCUGACUUUUUUGCUCUGUCCUUUGGACCUAACAACCUCCGUCUGGGCCGGAGCCUGGUCCAGUAUGGGCAGACUGUGACUCCAGACCUGAGGCGUUUACUGGGCUGGAUAAAGUUGGAGUAUGAGGACCCGACGGUGCUGGUGACUGAGGGAGGCUGGUUUUCUGAAGCCAGUGUGGGAAAGGAGGACACAGUGGCCAUUUACCUGAUGAAGAGGUUUAUCAACCAGGUCCUGCAAGCUAUAAAAUUUGAUGGUGUGCAGGUGAUAGGAUACUCCACCUGGUCACUGGUGGAUGGAUUUGAGUGGAACUAUGGCUACACUGUCAGGAGAGGCCUUUUCUACAUUGACUUCAGCCAACAGAACCAGAGCAGGACCCCCAAGACCAGUGCUCAGUACUACAGACGUGUUGUCACUGACAAUGGUUUCCUCAGAGAUGAAACCUCCAGAGAGAUUAAAGGCCGUUUCCCCUGCGACUUUCACUGGGGUAUCGCUGACUCCACUUUACAGGUCCACUUCUACCCUUACUCACCACAGUUUACCGACCCCCAUUUGUACAGCUGGAACCUGACAGGAGACGGAUCAUUGCGUCCAGUCCCAGGGGUGGAGAUGCACACCAGAGGAGCCCAGUGCACCGACUACUUGGCCAUUCGUGGUCAUCUUCGCCUGUUUGCAUCUACUGGGGCAUCUCACUAUCGCUUCGCUCUCAACUGGUCUCUGAUUUUACCCGAGGGAGACCUCUCUAAUGUGAACACUGAGGCUCUGAGGUACUACCGCUGUGUCCUGACCGAGCUCAAGAAGCUGGACCUGCAGGCUGUUGUUAUUCUCUACUACCCCACACACAGAGCUCCAAACCUGGGCUUGCCUGGUCCAUUGUAUGCCUCUGGUGGUUGGCUCAACUACAGCACAGUGGAGGCCUUUCAGGAAUACGCAGCUCUGUGCUACCAGCAGCUGGGGUCCUGGGUCCCAUACUGGAUCACCGUCAAUGAGCCGAACAGACUGGUAGAUGUUUAUUCCAGUAGGAAAGAGAAGCAUCAGGCAGCUCACAACCUUCUUCUGGCUCAUGCAAAAGCCUGGAGGCUGUAUGAGAGGGAACACUCAGGUCAACAGAAAGCACUUGUGUCACUUGCAUUACAUGCUGACUGGGUCGAACCUGCAAACCCCUUCCUGGACUCGCAUACAGCAGCAGCACAGAGAUUCCUUUUGUUUGAGCUUGGGCGCUUCUUAGACCCAUUGCUGGGGACUUUAUAUGAGGAGAAGCAUAGCAAGGGGGACUACCCACAAGAAAUGAAAGCAUACCUGAAGGAGAGAGCUCGAGUAAUGGGCUUCCCUGGAUCUGCUCUUCCUACCUUUACCGAGACUGAGAAGGAGGAGCUGAGAGGGACAUUGAGCUUUAUCGCACUGAAUCAUUUCACCACCCGCUUGGUCUCUCUGUAUCCCCACACACAGGCUAGUUUUCAGCAGAAAGAGCCCCCUGAUCACGGCUGUCUGAUCCUCUCUGAUCCCACCUGGGCCUCCUCCAGUCUGGGGCAGGCUCUUGUACCCUGGGGCCUGCGGAAGAUCCUGAACUGGGUGAGCCAGAGAUACGGAGGGACUCUGCCUAUCAUUGUGACAGCCAGUGGGGUUGAUGACCAGGCUCCUGUGGAGGACAAAGUCAGGCAACACUUUAUCAGGAGUUAUCUGCAGGAGGCCUUUAAAGCUCGCCAAUUAGAUGGCGUCAACCUGCAGGGCUUCUACGUGUGGAAACUGCAAGAUCGGCAUGCCCCUCAAUUUGGCCUCUUUACCUCAACCCAUCACCAAUCCAAAGCCAAAGCCUCCAUCGCUGUCUACAGAGAAAUCAUCACUCGUGGUGGUUUCCCUGAGGACAACACCACGCAGGCCUGCAGGUCUAGUCAGCUGCAUGAACAUUGCUCUGUAUGCACAUGGAUGUUCGAGAACAAAGCCAUGCUGGUCUUCGGAGGCUGCCUCCUGGUAACAGCGGUUAUGUUGACAGCACUUGUCAUCUUUGUCAUCAUCACCAAGAGGAACCAAACAAGAGGCAGGAGGAGGGGGGUGAUCAGGAGGAGGAGAAAGGAGGGAGUCCCUGUCUGCUCAUGUCCACCUGUCAAGCGCUAACUGGUCCAAAAAUGCUUGUAUCUGUGCUUGUGACAAAUGUGUGAUCAGUUUACCAACAAGAAAAACUGUCUCCAUACAUUUGACUGUAAUAACGGGUUUAUUUCAUUGGUUGGGACAGUUUUAAAAAACUCUUUUGUUAGUGUGUUCAUACAUUUAAUGACCAUGAGAUCAACACAUUCACUUAUUGCCAAAGUCUCUAGACGUUAUUUUACAAAUGUUAAUAAUUGAUUAUGUGAGCUUUAUACUGUAAAAGAAAGGACAUGCUCUACCUAGCUGCUGACAUUAUGACCACAUUCUGGAGAAAAUGUGUUGAUGCAAUUAUUCUAAUAUUGUGAUAAAGUAAGUCUGUGGUGAUUAUAUUGUACAGAUCAGACUAAAAUGUGACUUUAAUAUAUUGUGCACUGUAUGAGCUUGUUCAGAUGUAAUUGUGGAUUGUACAAAUCUUUGUAAGAACAGGAAUAAAAAGAUAGUUACAA